AUAGUAAAUAAGCGAAUAAAUAAGUUUAUUUUAUCUCUGAUUUUAUUCUAUCUCCUCAAAAUAUACUAAGUAUGUUCUGUCUCCUUAUUCUGUGAUAAUACUAUUUAUAAAAGAUUUUGUUAGUAUUUCAAGUGAUUUUGCACUCGACAUUGUUUGCACUUGAAGCCAGACACAUUUGAUAAGAUACUUAUAAGAACUUCUUCAAUAAAUAUCCUUUUCCUGUUUGUUACAUUUGGCCACUAGCAGAGAGACCAAUAGAUAACUGAAUCCACAUUAUUCACAAAGAUGAGUCUACAAGAAACACCAAAGAGUGAUCCUGAACAUCCAAAAUAUUUAAUACCCGAACUGUGCAAACAGUUUUACGAUUUAGGAUGGGUAACUGGCACUGGGGGUGGUAUUAGCAUAAAGGAUGGCGAAAAAAUAUAUAUUGCACCUUCAGGAGUGCAAAAAGAAAGAAUUAAACCCGAUGAUCUGUUUGUUCAAAAUAUUAAAGGUGAGGACUUAGAGCUUCCACCUCCUCAUAAAAAAUUAAAGAAAAGCCAGUGCACACCACUCUUUAUGUGUGCCUACACUAUGAGAAAUGCCGGUGCAGUAAUUCAUACUCAUUCAAAGUUUGCCUUGAUGGUAACUCUACUUUUUCCCGGCAAGGAAUUCAAAUGCACUCACUUAGAAAUGAUCAAGGGCAUAAAAAAUCAAAAACUAGGUAGAAAUUUCAGGUACGAUGAAGAACUGGUGGUACCUAUAAUUGAAAACACGCCCUUCGAGGAAGAUUUAACAGACAGAUUGGAGCAGGCUAUUAAAGAUUAUCCCCAUACUUGUGCAGUAUUGGUUAGGAGACAUGGGGUUUAUGUGUGGGGAGAUACAUGGCAACAAGCAAAAUGUAUGUCUGAAUGUUAUGAUUAUCUUUUCGAUGUUGUUUUGCAACUGAAACAGAAUGGAAUUGAUCCUAGUUUGACUCCAGAAGAAUUUGAACUUAAACACCAAAAGAAUGGAAAAGUUUAGAACCUAUAUACAUAUAUUUUAAGCUAUAAUAAAAUGUUUGUCAGUUUGA